AUGACAAGUCCGCCUCGUACACCAGAACAUAAUGGCAUUGCGGAAAGAAGACAUCGACAGAUAGUCGAAACAGGCUUAGCCCUCUUGUCUCACGCAUCUAUGCCAAAGUCCUAUUGGACAUAUGCUUUUGGUACGGCGGUCUAUCUUAUUAAUCAUUAUCUCUCAGCCGCAAUCUCAACAGCUAUACCGGUGGAAGUUGUAACAUCAUUACCCGCUCAAACGGAGUCCACCAACACCUUACUUCCUCAACCAGAGGUGCAUGUGACACCGAGAACAGAACAUACCACCACUGCCUCUGAGGAUCAGUCGUCCGCCUCCUCGUUAGAAACAACUUCUGACUCACCAAUUUCGUCUCCAGCUCCAGUUUCUCCAUCACCGCCACCUCCUCCACCCGCACCGACUCGCACAAGAAACCGCACACGCAAACCAGUUCAAAAGCUUAAUCUCCACACCACUGUUACACCAUUGCGAGAUUAUAUUCCACAAUCGGUUGCCGAGGCUCUUAAGGAUCCUCUUUGGCGUAAAGCCAUGCUUGAAGAAAUCAAUUCCCAUAUUAGAAAUCAUACAUGGCAUCUGGUUCGUAACAUUGAUGUUUCUAAUCUUGUAGGUAACAGGUGGAUAUUUACUAUCAAGAGAAAACCCGAUGGUUCCAUCAAACGCUAUAAGGCCAGGCUCGUCGCACAAGGCUACAAUCAACGACCCAGAAUAGAUUACCAUGAGACGUUUAGUCCGGUGGUCAAACCAUCCGUAUUGUUCUCAGCACGGCCGUUUCUCGCGAGUGGCCUCUUAGACAACUUGACGUCAACAACGCAUUUUUACAAGGAAAAUUAG